ACACAACAAAUAACUACACACAUUGUCGCUGCUUAUCUUAAUCGACUCUGGCGUCUAUUUUUGACUAGUGUAUUUGACCAUACUUGAAAAGGAAUACUUUUCAUCGUUUUUAUCUGGUAGUGAAGACGUUUUUUUACCGGAUACCAAUGGGAAAUGUUUCAGCUAGUGUUCGAUGAGAUUUCGGUAAAUGGUAUCAGGGUACUGAGAUUCGGUACAUUAAUUUACUUAUUUUACUUUACCGAAAAGACAUAUAAUCAAAUGUGUAGUAAUUUUCAAAAUUUAAACUUUCCAAGCGUCCCGUUUUUUUAACCUACUCGUCCCGUUUUCCACGAAAAAAAAACCUGAUCAGUCUAAUGAUAAACCAUAGUGUUCACCUAAGAGGUUGAAUGAUUUUCACGUAGAUAUAAAUUAUGUAAAAUGAUAGAAAAUAUCGAAGUGGGAACUUUCUCAUAAAAAUAACGUGAAAGUUGUGAGCGUAGAAAUCACAUUUCUCGCUAAACAUGUGAAAAGGGCCCAUGUGCCAUAUGUAAACAAGCCACUAUUUCACGUUUUUCAAUGAAUACAAGCUUAAUCUACUCGUACGAAUAAGAUUGUUUGAUUAAGAGUAAAUUCUUUUACUAAAGCUCAUUGGUAAGGGCAGAUUUCGCUUAUAUUAAUCAAAAAACGAGGAAAUUUGGCUUGUUUACAUAUGGCACAUGGGCCCUUUUCACAUGUUUGACGAGAUUUGAAAACUAUAUCUGCGACUAUACUUUCAAUGAAGCCUAAAUAUCUUUUCAUAACGCAUUUCACCUAACCGACAUGAAGGACGAAUGGCUAUGAAUAAGAUGUAUACUGAAUAGUUUACACAAUAAUUAAUCUCACCAGGUCAUGAUGAAUUCAAAUGACAAUCACGUAGAAUCUAUGUAAAAAGAAUAUAACAGAAUAUAUUUUAAAAUAAAUUAUAAACGAAAAUUAUUUCGAGUUAUAAUACGAAGAACAAAAAUACGUGACUUUUUUUUACCGUGCAUACCCUGAACCAAGCGAAAUCAAAAGUCUAAUAAGCAGAUAAAAUCAAUGCAGUAACUAGAAAAUCAUGUUAACAAUAGUGAAACAACAACUGAACCGUUUUGGAAUAAGAAGAUACUGCGUGCCAGUAGUUAACAUAUUCGAUAGAAACGUCAAAAGGUUGCAAAAAGAACGAGCAGCCCAGAGAGAUGAUGUUCAACUAUACGACUACAUCAAGGAAGAGGUUGGAUUCCGGUUGUCCGAUCGAAUCUUCGAUGUGCAGCGGCAAUUUCAGAAUGCAGUUGACUUGGGCGCAGGACGAGGAUAUGUUACUAAUCACGUUCUGAACGAGUCGGUUGCAAACCUCACCGUUGUAGACAUUAGCAAAACUAUGUUGACGCAGAUAAAGGGUACACCAGGUUUAAACUAUUCCACACGCCAAAUGGACGAAGAGAAGUUUGAAUUUGAACAAGAAAGUCUAGAUCUGGUGGUUUCUAGUUUGAGUCUUCAUUGGGUAAACGAUUUGCCGGCGUGUUUCAGAGCAAUCAACAAAGCCCUACGUCCUGAUGGAGUAUUCAUGGGAGCAAUGUUUGGAGGGGAAACUUUGUACGAGUUAAGAUCGUCGUUGCAUCUGGCUGAACAAGAGAGAAAAGGGGGCUUCUCACCGCACAUAUCCCCCUUUACUCAGAUUAGAGAUGUGGGGAUGCUGUUGAAUCGAUCGAAUUUCACUAUGUUGACGAUUGACACCGAUGAGAUUAUUGUACGUUACCCUUCUAUGUUCGAAUUGAUGGCAGAUUUGAAAGGAAUGGCUGAGAAUAAUGCCGCCUUCAACAGGCCGUUACGUAUCAAUAAGGAUGAGCUUAUGGCGGCGGCAGCAAUUUAUCAGGACAUGUACGGCAAAAACGACGGUGUAACAGCAACAUUUCAGGUUAUUUAUUUUGUCGGGUGGAAACCUUGUCCUAGUCAACCUAAACCGGCCGAACGAGGCUCUGCGGAUGUUUCUUUCAAAGACUUGGCCACCGUUGUAGGACCAAAAAAUAAAAAACAAUAGGUGCAAAAAUAAUAGUGUUUUAUUUCGUAUGUAAAAAUAGAAACAUAGUACAAAAAAAAUAUAAACCAUAAGCAACCAUGUUGGUAGUAGUUUUUGUUAUGCAUACUUGAUACUGACGAUCUAUCUGGGGAAUGGUUGUUAUAGCUUAUAGCCAAUAAACUGAAACAAACCUAUUACAGUACAGCAAUCCAAUGUACCCACAACCUACAACUAUGGAUAUUCAAACUAUAAAUUUAGGAUUCGUACAGCAAACGUUGAUAGUGUGGGUGGAUUUCACUAGUUGGAACAUGCAAGCUGAAUUCGAGUGCAACCAACACAGCAAACUCAGAUGCAAUUAAUUCCUUACGAUUGACACGAAACAAACUUUCAGUUUUCUGAAAACACAUAGUAAUGAGUAUUUUAAUAAAAUGGGUCUAUACCAUACGAUUACCUCUAUAAGGCUCUUCAAAACUUCUCCCUUGACGUCAUUCAAUUUGGCACUUAACAGAAGACAAGCGCCUGCACACAACUUGCGGUUCUCCUUGUUUAUUAGAUUGGAUAAAAUCAAUUUUUCGAAAUAAACAUAUGCCUGCGAGAUGGUUAAAAAGUCGAUUCGCGAGUCCAGUUUAUUGAUGCGUUUCAUUUCACGUUUUAUGCUAAAAUGUAAUUAUAAAAAUUGAUUAUGUACAUCGUUGAUUUAUUUCAAUUUAUUUUUAUAUAAAAUUGUAAUCAAAUAGAAAUUAUUUCAAAUAAAAAAAAUAAGAUU